AUGACGUCCACAAUUACGCCCAAGACCAAACCCCUGCCGGCUGGCAUCUACUGCCCCGUGCUCUCCCUCUACAAGCCCACUGCCCGCCAAGGGAUCGACUACGAUGCCUCGUACAAAUACUUCGCCUACUUGAUCCGCGGGGGUGUCGACGGCCUGGUCAUGGCUGGAACUACCGCCGAGGCAGUUCUUCUUUCUCCGAGCGAGCGACAGGAACUCGUCCGAGUAGCGCGUCGAGCCGCGAUCGAUCUUAAACUGCCAGACUUCCCAAUCGUGGCUGGGAUCAGCGGACAAUCGACAAACGAGUCGAUUCGACUUGCGGAAGAGGCGCACGAAGCGGGGGCCGACUUUGGCCUCCUCCUGCCACCAUCGUACUGGGUGAAAGCUGUGACAAAGGAUGUGAUUGUGGACUUCUACCGCGAGGUUGCUGAUAACAGCCCAAUCCCCAUUGUCAUCUACAGCUUCCCUGCCAUGUGCAACGGCGUCGAGCUGAACUCCGACGUCAUGUCCGAACUCGCGCAGCACCCCAACAUCGUCGGGACAAAGCUUACCUGCGGCAACGCAGGGAAGGUCACCCGGCUGACGCACGAGUAUACGCAUGAGCAGUUCGGAGUGUACGCCGGAUCCUCAGACUGGCUGCUUCCGUGUCUCAUUGGAGGGGGGUCAGGAUGUGUGACGGGGAUUGGGAAUGUCUUUCCCAAGUCCGUGGCUCGUCUCUAUGCGUUGUGGAAGGAUGGCAAGGUCCAGGAGGCGACGAAGCUGCAGGGUCUCGUAGCGCAGGCAGAGAAGGCGUGCAAGGAGGGCAUCGCACCGACCAAGUUUGCGGCGGGCUAUUUUGCUGGGCCACGGGCUGGUGUCACGGAUCCCAGGGCAUUCUGGCCGAGGAAGCCCUAUAAGCCUUCGGGGGAGGAGAAGCAGGAGUGGGUGGUGCGGGUGAUGCAGCACUUGGUUGAGAUCGAGGAGUCAAUACCUGAUCGAGUAUAA